UCAAGUUUGGCCUUCAAUGGAUAGGGAUUCUCUUGCAAUUUUUGAGGGUUUUGCAAUGUCCGAGUGAAUUGUUGCCAACUAAAUCAAUGGUUUGACGACUGGGCGGGUUAGCCCUCAUCAUAAAAUGACAUCGAGAAGUAAAAACUCUGUCCGAAGCUAUGAAACCGAGAUAGAAAAGAAUCGUGAAGAGUCUAAUUGGAAGAAGGCAGUGGAAUUGGCCCAACAACUAAAAUCAAGAUCACCACAACAUGAAAGUCUUGCUCACUUCCUUAUUGGUGAAGGUAAACUUGAAGCAUAUUUUGAAGAGUGGCCUCCUAUUAAAGAGAAUAUAGAAAGAGCACAGAGGGAGCUGUCCGAAGCACGUGGCUACCUUACCCUGGCUACAGAUGAGGCAGGGAAGAAAGCUGGAGUGGCUCUAGACGCUCAUCUUCUGUUGGGGAAGCUGAACUAUGCUUGUGGUGCAUAUGAUGAAGCACUAAAGCAGUACAAUUUAGCGGAAUUGAGCACUUUAACGGAGAAAGAAUUACCUGUCCGCAGUCUCCGUAUUGUUGCAGAGUCUUACGCUAUAAAAGGUUUAUGUUUGGAACAGAACUCUAUACCUGGCUCAACAAGUCGAUAUAAACAAGCGGAAAGGGAAUCAGAGUUGAUCCGUAGCUUCGAGGUGUCUUCGGAGCUGACGCUGCUGUACCUGCAGCGGGCGCAGGCGGCGCGAGCUGGCGCUGUGCUGGAGACCGCGCUACAGAGGGCCCCGCUGCUGCACAUCCGCGCCGGCCGCCUGCACAGCGCUAUAGACAGGUACCGCGAGAUGCUGACGGCGGUGGAGGCGGCGUCGACGCAGGCGCUGCGGCUGACGCUGGCGCGCCAGCUCGCGGAGGUCCUCAUGCGCGGCGUCACCGGACAGGUGUACAAAGCGCCGGAGAAGGUGGCGAUGCCGGCGCAGGGCACGCUGACCAGGCGCAGAGAGGACCACGUCUCCGAAGGUCCAUGGAAACCCAAGAAGUAUGCUGCUAUUAACCAGUUCGUGCCGUGCAACGAGUACGAGGAGGUGAUGCUGCUGGUGCUGGUGGGCGAGGCGAUGGCGGCGCGCGACGCCGUGCUCUCCCAGAGCGCCGAGUUCGAGAUUACAGUAAAUAAUGUAUGUUGCAGACUGGACCGCACGCACGCGGCGGCGGGCUGCGUGGCGGAGGCGGCCGCGCUCACCCCGCACAGCCAUCUCGUGCUAUACACGCGCGGGCUGGUGCACGCGGCCAGCGGCGAGUGGGAGGAGGCGCGCGGCUGCUUCCAGAACGCGCUCGCCAUACACCCCACGCACCUCGACAGCAUGGUGCAGCUCGGGUCCGCGUACUACGAGCUGGGAUGGCUGCGGCUGGCGGAGCGCGCGCUGCGCGAGGCGGGCGCGCUGGGCCCGCUGCGCGCGGACACGUGGCGGCGGCUGGCGCUGGUGCUGGCGGCGCUGGGCGAGCCGGCGGCGGCGGCGGACGCGGCGGCCGCGGCGCUCGCGCUGCACCCCGCCGCGCCGCUCGCGCCCCUCGCGCCGCCGCACGCCCUCGCCGCCGACCUCGCCCUCUGA